AUGGGUUGGUCUACUAUCUUCCUGAUUUGGUCAUCAAUUGCAGGCCUCGGGCUCCUCAUCACCCUUGGAGUCCUGAUCCAUGAUGUGAUACUAUGGAAGCGAAUGCCUCCGGGACCUCAGCCUCUCCCAUUCAUUGGAAAUAAGUUUGAUGUCCCAAAGAGGCAUCCAUGGAUCCAGUUCCAAGAUUGGUCUCGCCAGUAUGGGCCCAUUUAUACAGUCUGGUUCGGGCGUCGACCGACUGUCAUUAUUUCCGACCCGAACGUGGCUGUUGAUCUGCUUGAGAAGAGGUCUCAGAAGUAUAGCUCUCGCCCACGCUUCGUCGUCAUGGGGGAGAUCUUCUGGGAUAUGUCGAGUAUCCUUGUCCAGCCGUAUGGGAAGGACUGGUCGGUUCGAAGGAAAGCGAUGCAUCAGGUUCUGACAUCCCGGGCUUUGGAAAACUACAAACCCGUCGCAGAAGCCGAAGCUACCAGGCUCUGCCAUCAGCUGUUCAACAAAGCAGAUGAUCUAGACAAUCUGCUCAAUCGAUUUACAUCCUCAAUUGUCUUCACGAUAGCCUAUGGCCACCGCAUUGACAGCAUGCAGUCGCCGAUCAUCAAACAGCGUAUGAAGAUCAUGCAUUGGAACGCCGCUGUGAAUGUCCCAGGAAGAUAUCUCGUCGAAUCCUUCCCUUUUCUCAAACACACCCCUGAUUUCCUUGCGCCCUGGAAACGAGAAGUGAAGGGCUGGGGACUUGAGGAGCAACAGGCCAAUGCACAGCUCCUCGACUACGUCCGAGAAGACAUCGAGAAUUCAAAGAAACCUGGUGCCCGCCCACUACCCAACAGUCUCGCCAAACAACUUCUGGAGAACCGAGCGGCAGAUCCUGCAUCCUUUGCGCUCCUGCGAGACCGAGAUUUUGCGAGCCUGCCUUCCUCAGUCUUCGGUGCCGGGGCAGACACCACAGCGUCGACUCUAUCGUCCGCGAUCCUCGCCAUCAUCACCAACCAAGAGACCUUGUUUGCCGCACACGCAGAACUUGACGAGAUAAUUGGUCGAGACCGUCUCCCAGACUACACUGACGAGCCAUCACUGCCAUACAUCCGGGCACUCUGCAAGGAAGCACUGCGCUGGCGGCCGGUGGCGGUUCUCGGCGGCACACCACACGCGUCGACCGAAGCCGACACAUAUCGAGGCUACUACAUCCCGAAAGGCACGAACAUCCUGGGCAACAGCUGGGCGAUCAACCGACACGAGGCCUUCUACCCAAACCCAGACCACUUCAACCCACUGCGCUUCCUGGACGUCGACCCGUCUUCGCUCGGUUACCUGCCCAAACAGUACCUAUCGACCACGUCCCAGGAGAAGGGCCAGGCCCAUCCCAGCAAACUCGGCCAUUCCAGCUUCGGCUGGGGCCGCCGCAUCUGCCCCGGCGCAGAGCUUGCGAGUAAUAAUCUCUUCAUCGCCCUCGCGCGCGUGUUGUGGUGUUUCGACAUUCGCCCUGUCAAAGGUGCCGUGUAUGAUACGUACGACUACACUGAUGGGUUCAAUACUCGGCCUAACCCUUAUCGGUGUGAGUUCUCAUUGAGGAGUGCGAAGCAUGGCCAAGUCUUGAAGGCCGAGUUCGCCGAUGCGCAGGAUUAUCUGGAGAGGAAUUUCCCCUUGUUCAAGGAGCAUGAGAUUGUGGUGUAG